GGUCUGCUCCUGCUGCUGCCGGCCGCCUGCCCGGUGGUGGGCGCGCAGAACGACACGGAGCCCAUCGUGCUGGAGGGCAAGUGCCUGGUGGUGUGCGACUCCAGCCCGUCCGCCGACGGCGCCAUCACCUCCUCGCUCGGCAUCUCCGUCCGCUCCGGCAGCGCCAAGGUGGCCUUCUCGGCCACGCGCAGCACCAACCACGAGCCCUCCGAGAUGAGCAACCGCACCAUGACCAUCUACUUCGACCAGGUAUUAGUUAAUAUUGGCAACCAUUUUGACCUGGCUUCCAGUAUAUUUGUAGCACCAAGAAAAGGGAUUUAUAGUUUCAGCUUCCAUGUUGUGAAAGUAUAUAACAGACAAACUAUCCAGGUAAGUUUAAUGCAAAACGGCUAUCCAGUGAUUUCAGCGUUUGCUGGGGAUCAAGACGUCACCAGAGAGGCAGCCAGCAAUGGGGUCUUACUUCUUAUGGAAAGGGAAGACAAAGUCCAUCUCAAACUGGAGCGAGGAAACCUCAUGGGAGGGUGGAAAUAUUCAACCUUUUCUGGCUUCUUAGUCUUUCCACUAUAAAAGGAGGUCAUGGAGAAGCCUGAUCUGCAAGCUGGAACAAGGAUCCAACCAUUUAAAAAAAAAUGCCCCCCCCCCCGAACUUGGCCAGACCUGCCAAUA